AUGCGCGGCUCGGAUAGACCAGGCUCAGUCGCCUGGGCGCGCCCCUUUCUGCCCGAGAUAAAGCCGCUGUCGCUCGAUAAUGCGAUGCAGAUAUGGGAUGCUAUCUGUGAUGGACAUGAUGAUGACUCGAUCCGGUUGGCGAAGGCCGUCGACUGUGUCCCUCUCGCCGUUUCUCUUCUCGCCGCUCUUGCUCGAAACGAGACGUCGAAGACGCUAUGGAGUCGCUGGUGCAAUGACUACACCAAGUUCGUGAAGACUCGUGGCUCUAGAGACCGUCUCUCGAGCUUGGACAUAUCUAUUGGACUUUCCGUUCAUGGCUCGCGGUUGCGAGACCGUCCCGAAGCUGUGCUCCUUCUUAGCAUCAUCUGUUUCCUGCCGCAAGGCAUGCGCGAGUCUCGCUCGCAGGGUUUCGCAGAUGCAUUCAUCGCUGUUGUCCCCAACCUACAGGCUUCCGUCGCCUUGCUCAAGCAGUGCUCUCUGAUAUACCUCUCGGAAGACGGCUUCCUCCGUGCCCUGAGCCCCAUCGUGCAUUACAUGCGCGCCGAUCACACCGUCCCGGAUCUCGUGUUCACCAAGCUCGCCGACUUCUACUACAAUAUCGUAGAGUCUGCACCAGGCGACCCGCAUGCAGCUACAGCAUAUACUCAGGAACACAUUCGGGCGGAGGUGGGGAACAUAACCUCAGUCCUUUGGCAUGGUCUAGAAGCCGGUGCAGAGCUUUUGCGCCCGAGUUUGAGGGCUGUGCUCUGGUUCGUUCAGCAUUGCCACCGUUUCCAAUUUUACGGACUUGAGCUGCUCGAAUUUGCUAUUGGACUUGUUCGUGAUGAAGACUUGGAGUUCAAGUCUCCACUCCUGCUAGCCAGAGCGGAAGGCUUAUAUCUUUCCACCCACUUCGAGGAGGCGAUUCCCGCGUUCUCUCAAGUGUGCGAGCUUUAUCGCGCGCAUGGUGAUCUCCCACGAGAAGGGGUAUGCUUGGCUCGGCUUGGAGACGUAUACUACUGGCGUGGCGAGUACGGCUUAGCCCGGGACUCCUUGCUGAUGGCCAUGAGUAUCCUUGAGGACACGGAUGCAAUCGCACUUUGUCAACUGCAUCUUGGCAUCAUAUAUACUGUGACAGGGCAGCUGGCUCAGGCGGAGACUCUCCUGACGUCAGCGCACGAAAGCUUCGCGGUCGACCAAUCUGGAUCGUGCAUGGAGAUUUGCCUGUGGGCACUGGGCACCCUUCACACUGCUCUAUACCAAUUUGACCGCGCUGAGCGGGAACUGACGUCCUCACGCCAGCUUUCUAAGACCGCGGGCAACGUCUUGAACGAAGCCAUCUGUUUACAAUCUCUGGGCCAUCUAUUCGUUCUCCAUCCCGUGCGCCUACAUGAUGCGGAAGAGCCCUUGAAGCGUGCGCAGACGCUCUAUGACGGGAUAGGGAAUCAACGGGGAGUGGCUGAGUGUCUAGGAAGACUAGGGCAGCUGUACGCUCAGACCGACAAGCUCGAUCGGGCCGAGGACUGCCUUCAGUCCGCUGUCAAACUUUAUGAUGGCAACGUCGAUCACCCGCUCGGAAGAGUCACCGCGCUGAAUUGCCUUGGAACCCUUUAUCGCGUACUGAAGAAGUACGAUGAAGCUCGCGCCCUUCACGUCUUAGCUCUGAGGCUAUCUUCAGGGAUGGCGUAUGCGGUUGGGCAAGGCGACGCUCAUCUAUCCCUUGGGAAAGUUCAGGGUCAUCAGGGAUAUCUCCGUGAAGCAGCGGAAAGCUUCCGAGGAGCGCUGAAUGCGUUCGAGCGCGCACAGGACCCCCAGAAAGCAUGGCUGGCUCGUGAGUAUCUGGAGGGAGUCUUGAGGAGACUUUAA